CCUCUCUGGCUUCCUGUUGCAAAUCCGCCUGUUCUAGACACUCCCUGCCAACUUGCAGAGAUAAUGGGUGGACAUCAGCGCUUCUUUCACCCGAACUGGUUCUCCCGCUACAUCUGGGGCAUCAUUGCCAGCGUCAACUUGGGCGGAUUUCUCGCGGAUCAACAGUACGGUAUUGACCGAACCAAGAAUCCCAACAUCAUGUGGCCGUGGUGGCACGAGAUCAUGCGCAAGAAGGAGAAGGGUGAGAUCCCCAUGGAGAUGCCCGGCUACAUGCUCGCCAAGUUCAGGAACGAGAGUGAGGAACGCUGGACGGCUGAACGGAGCCACGAGUUUGAAGAAUACUUGAGCACCGCUGAGGCCGA